AUGUUCACUAGAAGGAGAGUGGGACUGGACAGCCUGGACACUCUUACUCUGAAUGGACAAGAAAUUAGCUUAAAAUCAGAAGUAAAAUACUUAGGUAUUAUCUUGGAUAGUAAGCUAAAAUGGAAAUCACAUGUUGAGUCAAGAAUCAAAAAAGCAAUGACCACAUUGUGGACUUGCAGCAGAGCCUUGGGAAAGACAUGGGGUCUUAAACCAAGAGUUAUGUAUUGGUUGUACACAUCAGUGAUUAAACCUAUGAUGUUGUACGGUGCCCUAAUCUGGUGGACCAGAACAGCACUCAUUACAGCUAGGAAAGAACUUAGUCGCAUACAGAGAAUGGCUGCUAUUGCCAUCACUGGAGCAUUAAGAACUACACCAACGGUCGCAUUAGAGGCACUAAUUGGAUUGCCUCCUCUGCAUCUAGAGGUGAAAGCUCACGCCAAAGCUACAGCACUAAGAUUCCACAACUUAGGUAUGUGGACUUUGGAGAGUGAUACAACAGAACAUGGUAAAAUACUAAAAGAGAUAGACAAGGGCUUUUUAGAAUACCCCUUGGACUAUAUCAAACCGGUUCUUAAGAAUAACAUUCCCUACAAAGUGGAGAUCACUACACGUAUAGAAUGGAAUAUUAACCACCUGACUGACAAAGGAGGAUUUGUGAUAUAUACAGAUGGAUCCAAAAAAUCAGGAAAGGUAGGUGCUGGAAUUUGGGGCUUAAAGCCACGAAUAAAUGUCAGUAUGUCAUUGGGCACAACACCCUCUGUUUUCCAAGCAGAGACACCAGAUAUAGAAAAGAAUUUAAGUGAAGUAAUAUCUCAAAUUUGA